AUACCCAAAGAUAGAAAAGCCAAAAGUAAACCAAUCAUAUUAUUCCACGUCUAAAUGACACGCGUGAUUCCAAAGCUCGCUCAAUUGUGCUGCCAAACGGGUGAUAAGGGGUAAAAAACAAAAAGAAGACAAAAACUACGCCGUUCAAAUGGGAUCGGUCCAGAACUCAAUAUUUCAGACAGAACCGUCAAGGAGCGAGAGCAGAGACAAGAAGAGACGAGACUAGAAACUGGCGGAAAAGCUGGAGACUGCAAGCUCAAAAGAGAGAGAUAAUUCCUCGAGAAAUAAAAGGAAAAAAGAAAUUAUCGACAUGGAUGAAGAUCACGGUAAUAAUGGUAGCAACAGCGGUGUCUUGGAAACUGCAAAGGCUGACAGAUCGGUGUGGCUGAUGAAGUGUCCGUUAGUGGUGGCCAAGUCAUGGCAAAGUCAUGCCUCUUCUUCAGAUUCUCAUCCUGUCGCUAAGGUCGUUCUCUCUCUCGAUCCUCUCCGCUCCGACGAUCCGUCUGCUUUACAGUUCACUAUGGAGAUGGCUGGCAAUGAGAUUGGGAAUAUACCAAAAAGUUAUUCUCUGAAUAUGUUUAAAGACUUUGUUCCUAUGUGUGUCUUUUCCGAGACAAGUCAAGGAAGGGUUGCCAUGGAAGGGAAAGUGGAACAUAAAUUUGACAUGAAGCCCCAUGAGGAAAACAUUGAGGAGUAUGGCAGAUUGUGCCGUGAAAGAACAAAUAAGUCCAUGGUUAAGAAUAGGCAAAUACAGGUAAUUGAUAAUGACCGAGGAGUGCACAUGAGACCUAUGCCUGGAAUGAUUGGCUUGAUGUCAUCUAGCUCCAAGGACAAGAAGAAAACAGCUCCAGUUAAACAGUCAGACAUGAAGAGAACCAGGAGGGAUCGUGGGGAAUUGGAGGAUAUCAUGUUCAAGCUAUUCGAAAGACAACCAAAUUGGGCCUUAAAGCAACUUGUACAAGAAACUGAUCAGCCUGCGCAAUUCUUGAAGGAGAUACUGAAUGAACUGUGUGUGUACAACAAGCGAGGAACAAAUCAGGGAACCUAUGAGCUUAAGCCAGAAUAUAAGAAAUCUGCUGAGGAUGCGGGUGCUGAUUAAUUAUCUGGACCUUGUAAGUGUAUGAUUAAAGCAUUUUUCAAUUUUUUUGGUAGACAGAAGAAAGCUACUGACGAGCUUGAGGGGGAGAGAACAGGAGUGGGGUGGGGUGGGGUUUGCGUGACAAACAUAAUCAGCAACAAACACGACAACAGAUAUAACUGGACGGACUGAGGGUUGAAGCUGUUGUAUUCUUGUCAUAAAGUGCUAACCACUGUCAUUUUUAGAAAUUCAAUAGGUAAAGAUUAUACAGGAACAAAUCCAGUGUUCCUUAAGGCAAAUAUUUUAACCUGUGGCAUCAUAAUCUUGCUUUGAUAUAUGUAUUUAUUUAUAUUUUGAUUCUGAUAAUAUCCGCUAUUAGAAAUAACUUUGUCUUUCCGAGGCAUAACUUG